GCUGAUAACCAGGAGGCUGAAAAGACUUUGGAGCGUCUCUCCUGGGAAGAGUCUCUGCAGAGUGUUGACGCUCGACGUGUUGGACGACUCCGCUUCAGAGGAAGGAUUCGGUACGUUGUGAAGGCACCACUCACUUAUCUACAUUUCUGCCGUAAUGGCGCACAGCCGCCCGUGACGCGGCGUGGACCAUGAGCGAGCGGCCCCCGCGGCGUUAGCGGCCCCCGGGAUGAGGUACCUGGCGCACACGGCUCACUGGCAGUUCCUGGGCCUGAUAGCGGGGCUCCUGGCGUGGAUCCUCCUCAUGGCCGCCACGGGCCUGAACGAGUGGCGGCUGUGGCGCGUGGACGACGUGUCCGUGGUCACCUCGGGCGUGGCCUGGGUGGGCAUCUGGAGGGCGUGUUUCUACAGCCACGCCCUCCCCGAGGCGGAGACCUGCCGCGCCAUCGGCCUCUCGUUCGCGCCGGCGGAGGUGGCGGCGGCUCAGGUGCUGAUGGUGGUGUCGCUGACCUGCGGCCUGGCGGGGAACGUGGGGGCCGCCGUGGCCAUGCGGCUGGUCUACUUCUCCGUGGAGGGCCGGGGGAACGUGCGGCCGGCCUUCGUGCUGGCCGGGACGGCGUACCUGCUGGCGGGGACGACCUGCUCGGUGCCGCUGGCGUGGAACGCGCGGUCGGUGCUGAACAACUGCAGCAUCGAGUUCCCCCCCGAGUUCCAGCUGCCCGCGGCGCCGGCCGCGCAGCGGGUGGGGUCGGCCGUCGGCGUGGGCGCCGUGGCCGCGGUGCUGAUGCUCGCGAGCGGGCUGCUUUUCCUCUGCCACCGCUACGCCAGGAAGGGGCCGAGCGCCGAGGCCCCCAAAGACGCCGGGGACCCGCGGGCGCCAGGACGCCAGGGCCGGGACAACGCCGCCUUUCACAUGGAGGAAGUCUCCUGAUGGGAGGACACCGAGAACCUUUCCACGGAGCAGAGUAGAAAAGUUGGAAGGUCUAAACAUGAACUCAAAAGUCUCCACUUGCACAAAAAGCACUUAAUAAAUGUUCUUAAAGCUUUGACUUAGAUCCAUUUGUAGUAUUUAUGCAAUAGUUGUUUCCACUUUCAACGAGUUAAAUAUUUUAAACAGCCUGAUUAUAACUUCAAACGUAACUCUGUUUAAUGACGGCUACAUUCUGACUCGUGUGUUAACUAAAUGUUCUUCACAGCCUGUGAUACGUCGAUGCAUAUUGGAGCAGUGAGGCCCCCUGUGGACACCAGCAGAAUUACAUGCAUUGCCCCUAACGUAUGGUUUCAUGGUGUGAAUCUAACAUUGAGUUUUCAAAGGGACAUAUUGGUUCUUCCAGGCCUGAGUGAUGCUGUCCCCAGUGACGCACAGGGAUGCAGUUCGCCUUUAACUGGGAUGUUUUCCAGCUCGUCACUGGAGAAAAGGGUUGGAGGUUGUGGGAGUAAACACUUCCCGAUCUUUCCUGUGAUCUACCGUCCACGUUAGGAUAGUUCUCGUAGGUUGUAUUGCUUCAUAAUGUUGUGGCGUUGAUGCGAUCUUCAGACGGCUCUCUGCUCAGGGUUCAGGUUCACGUGUGAUGUAACAUCAUAAUAAACGUUUAUUUUGGAUGAAGCAAUCCGAGCGUCUCCGUCACGA